CAAGCAUGGAGCGCGACACAGGCUGAGCUGAGCGGCGGCGGCCGAAUGCCAGGCACAAAUGCACGACCACCUGGCCGCCCUCCUCCGCGGCGGCCGUCACCCGCGCGCAGUCCACGGCGCCGCCGCAAAGCUCGGCUGCCUCGCCUCCACCUACCUCUGCAACAACCUCCUCCUCUCCUACAUCAGCGGCAGCCUCCACGCGGAAGCGCGCCGCCUGUUCGACGAAAUGCCCCACCGCAACGUCGUCUCCUGGUCAGUCCUCGUCUCCGGCGCCUCUCGCCUCGGCGCCCUCCGGGAGGCCUUUUUUCUCUUCUCCGACAUGCUUCGUAGCGGAGAGCGCGGAGGCUGCGACCGCCCCAACUCGUUCGUGCUGGGCGCGCUGGUUGCCGGGUGCGCCCGUGCCAAAGACACCGUCGCGGGCGCGCAGGCGCAUGCUUCCGCCCUCAAGUUUGGCGUGGAUGAGGACGAGAGUGUCGCGGGGGCACUGGUGGAUAUGUACUCCAAGUGCGGGCGCGUGGACUUGUCCUGGCGGGCGUUUGCGCUCUCGCCACAGAGGUGCGUCGCCAGCUGGACGAGCAUAAUCAGUUGCCUUGUCAACCAUGGAUGCUCGGAGCACCGUGAUGCAGCAAUUGCCCUGUUGAAGAGGAUGCUGCUCUUGAAGGUUUGGCCAACGAAUGCAACGUUUUCUUGCAUCCUGAAGGUUUUUGAUGCACCUGAGUUGCUCCCUGGUGGGAAACAAAUCCACGGCUGCUUAUUGAAGAUGGGAACUGAGGUUGAUCCUGCUUUAGGAACCGCCCUUAUAGCGAUGUAUGGUAGAUGCGGUGGAGUGAAUGAGAUGGCUAGGUUGUCUUGCCGGAUAAGGCAUGAUGCCUUCUCCAGGACCUCACUUCUUGUAGCUUUUGCGCGGAAUGGAUGCAACAUGGAGGCAGUUUGGAACUUUCGUGAGAUGGUCAUGGAAAAUAUGGCAAUUGAUCAGUCAGCUGUAACUAGCCUACUGCAGGUUUGUUCAUCAUUAGGACAGCUGAGAGUGGCCAAGGAGGUCCACUGCUAUGCUCUGAAGGCUUUCUUUAAGCUGGAUACAUUACUGCUCAAUGCGACUAUCACUGUUUAUGGCAGAUGUGGCGAUGUCACGAGUUCAGAGAUUAUAUUUGAUCGUCUGGAAAACAAAGACAUCAUAUCAUGGACGGCAUUACUAACUUGCUACGCGCAAAAUGAUCUUGCUCUGGAGACACUCUUGCUCUUCAGGGAAAUGCUUAGGAAAGGCUUAGGAUCUCCCGUCUUUUGCAUUACCAGCGUGCUAAGGGCCUGUUCUAGCACCACAAAUUAUGCUGUUGGGUGGCAAAUUCAUUCGAGGGUGGUGAAGUUAGGAAUUGAUGAUGCCAAUUCGGUUGAGAAUGCCCUUUUGACUAUGUACGCUAAGUGCGGAAGUGUUCAUGUUGCACUGAAGAUUUUCAAUUCAAUGAGGAGUAGAGGCAUUAUCUCGUGGAAUGCACUAAUCACAAGUUUUUCACAGCAUGGAAAUGAAGAGGCAGCCAUUCAGCUAUUUGACCUGAUGCAAGAAGAAGCAGUUUGUCCAGAUGAUUACACUUUUGUCGGGUUGUUAUCAUCUUGCAGCCGAAUGGGCCUAGUUGCAGAGGGUUGUGGAUAUUUCAAACUGAUGAACACCAUGUAUAAUGUGAAGCCUAAGAUGGAGCAUUACACCUGCAUGGUUGAUCUUUUUGCCCGUGCUGGAAGAUUUUCUGAUGCACUUGAGUUUAUUGAUGCCAUGCCUUGUCAUCCGGACCAACUCGUGUGGGAAGCUUUGCUAGCUUCAUGUAGGACUCAUGGUAAUGUGGAGUUGGGAAGGCUGGCAGCAAAGAAGAUUCUUGAAAUAAGACCAGAUGAUCCUUCACCAUACAUUACAUUAUCCAGCAUUCACGCUUCAAUUGACAUGUGGGAAGAGAAGGCUUGGAAUCGUACUGUGUUUGACGUCCAGCGAGUAAGAAAAGACGUGGGAAGUAGUUGGGUUGCUGGAGAAGAAUUUUCAGAUAAUACAUGUGAUGUAUUGCAAGUUGGAAUAACAUAAGAUUGGCAUGAUGCGUUGAUGCUUCGUUUUCUACACAUCAGGUGGAGUUACACUUGAUAGUUGUAUUGAGACAUAAUGGACUCAACCGUGUGAGAUUGACUGACUGCUCGCCGUGGUUGUCAUGUCCGGGAAUUGACCCCAAUGUCAUUUCUCCACUAGAAAGAUGACUUGGUACGAAGGACAAGAUUAUUAUCCUUUAUAUGCCAUAGGACUUGGUUGCAAUAUGUUUGUUAUCUCAAGGUGAGUUUUGAUGUUAUUGGAAAUUUAGAGGUGUAAUCCCAUUAUUGGAAGCAAAUGCAAUGCCAGGCAUUGAUACCCUUUUUGCAUUCAACCUGCAAUGGAAGAAGUUCCAGUGGCCUCGUCGAAUCACCUCAAGAGCUGCUAAAAAGAAUAGAGUUACUCUAGAAUCCAGGCUUCCAAUGUUAGGGUGGAUGACAGUUUGAAGCCAAGCAAGCCUCAAAAGAAGGUUCAAACCCUGAAAUGCCAGGCUCUCUCAAGCAUUGCUGACACGUACUUCCCAAGGUUGACAAUGUGGUUUAUGUCCCCUUCGUCAAACCAUCUCCUUGCACACUGUCAGGACAAAUCGUAAGAAUAAGAAAGAGCAUUACUACCUAUAAGAAGUCUGAAGAACAGACAUUGUGAUGUGGAAGUUUUCAGUCAGAGCUCGCAACCUUCGGAGUUUUGGUAGAACGAAAUCCUUCAGAUCUUCUCAAGAGUGCUGUAUGCUUGGAAAAUACCUUAUCAGAGCUAUUAAAGUAGGAGCUCUCCGCUACUUUCAGGCAAUGCGGUAAGGAGAGAGGCGAACCUUGUCAAAUUUCUUCAAAAUCUUCACAAAAGCCAACAUGUUCAAGCUCCUGCAACAAGAGUGCUUUCCUGUCAGUACCCACUCGGCGCACAAAGCAGAACAACAUACCAAGUCAUCAGCUACACCUACCGAUACGUCUUGAGGGGAUCCCUUAUUUUCAGCUCAUGGGAUGACUUACGGACCCAGAAUGCCAUAAGCUGAAAAGAGGCAUAGCUUAUGCACAACUGUGGAAUUAAGACCCUCUAUUGACUUUGUCGUCAAUGUAGUUAGGUACCAUGCUUCUACAUUUCCUGAGAAGUUAGAACUCCAUCAAACGCCCCACAAUGCACUCCUUGGAAAGAAGUUAGAAGACAGCUAUUUCAACGUCCCUCGCGUCGCCUCCUCCAUGGAUGGAGGUGGAGCUGUCUGGCGUCGUGAUGGUGUUGACGGCAAGCCCGACAAGGUCAUUUCAUUGAUGAGCGUAGGAGCGAGGUCAGGGAAAGCAACCCUGAUCAGACCACCAUUAUCAUCAAGCUUGUAGGUGGAGCGACUUUUGUCGCCUAGAAGGUGGAUUCGGAAGGAUCGAUGUUGUCUUGUAAGGCAUUAUUGAAUAUUAUAAUAAAAAUGUAUUAUUCUGAACAUUGUUCAAGUCCACUCCAAAUUAUCUAUACUACUAUUAAACAAUCCAACAAGAAUUACACUACAGACACCCCAUCAAACGCCCCACAAAAAAAACAACCAAUCAAUACCCCACGAUUAAUCCCACAGAUCUUAAUCUAACAGCCCUCGUUAAUCCAUCGUCUGCUGGGUGUACUUAGCAAUUACAAUUGGCUGAACAUACUUCACCAACGAAACUUUCAAUCACGCAA